GGAGGUGGGAAUUAAGAUGAGAAAGCCAAGUCUCCCCAUGGAAAAGAAAUUGUGUUGUGUAUGUGGAGACUUCAUUGUAAACUGAAAAGAGUUUUUGGCCAUGGAAGUCAAUACCCUGGUGAAGAUGUUCUUGUCACUUGCUUUAGUUGCUGUAGUAGGAUUGUUUGUACGUUUGUACAAUUCGCUGGUGGCGAAGCCGGGGAGGCUCCGAUCAAUGCUGAGGAAGCAGGGGAUCAAUGGGCCGCCGCCAACCAUUCUACUUGGGAACUUAAGGGAGGUCAUGAAGGCCCGAAAUGGCCCUCAAAAGGCUCCGGCCGCCAGCGCUGAACCCCCCGUUGACCACAACUGUGCCGCAGUUAUCUUUCCCUUCUUUGAGCAAUGGAGGAACCAAUACGGUCAAGUGUUUAUGUUUUCACUUGGUGGUACACAAAUCCUACAUGUGAAUGAACCUGAUACAGUGAGAGAGAUAACCACAUGCACAUCCUUGGACUUGGGGAAGCCUUCAUAUCAACACAAAGAGCAUGGUGCUUUGCUUGGCCAGGGAAUACUAACUUCUAAUGGAGCUGUUUGGGCUCAUCAGAGAAAAAUCCUUGCUCCUGAACUGUACAUGGAGAAGGUUAAGGGAAUGAUGAAUCUUAUAACAGAGUCCACAAUCGCACUAUUAAACUCAUGGAAUAGUAGAAUUGAAACUGAAGGUGGAGUCGCGGACAUAAAAAUCGACCAGGACAUGAGAAGCUUCUCAGGAGAUGUAAUAUCGAGAGCUUGUUUUGGGAGCAACUUUUCCAAGGGUGGAGAGAUUUUUAAGAAGCUUAGAGCUCUUCAAGAAGCUUCAUCCAAGAAAUUUCUGUCUAUGGGGAUCCCUGGCACUAGGCAUCUUCCUACCAAGAGCAAUAGGGAAGCAUGGGCAUUGGAAAAGGAGGUCCGCACAUUGAUCCUCGACGUAGUGAAAGAGAGGAAGAAAAUUGGAUAUGAGAAGGACCUAUUGCAAAUGGUUCUUGAAGGUGCUGAGAAUAGUGACCUGAGCCAAGAUGAAAUUGAUCGAUUCAUUGUUGACAACUGCAAGAACAUAUACUUGGCUGGGUAUGAGACCACAGCAGUUUCAGCAACAUGGUGCCUUAUGCUUUUGGCUGCAAAUCAAGAAUGGCAAGCCCGUGUUCGCGCUGAGGUUGUUGAAGUUUGCGGAGGGAAAAUCCCGAAUGCUGAUAUGAUUCGAAAGAUGAAACAGCUAACAAUGGUGAUUAAUGAAUCCUUGCGCCUUUAUCCUCCUGUAUCUGUGGUCUCAAGAGAGGCCUUGAAGGACGUGAAAUUCGGAAACAUACAAAUCCCACAGGGUUUCAACCUCUGGACCCUAGUGGUGACAUUGCACACUGACCCUAAAAUUUGGGGUACUGAUGCCUGUAAGUUCAAUCCAGACAGGUUUGUGAAUGGCAUCACUGGUGCAUGCAAGCUCCCCCACUUGUACAUGCCAUUUGGGGUCGGACCCCGGGUGUGUCUUGGACAGUAUCUGGCCAUGGUUGAACUCAAGACACUGAUUGCUCUCAUUCUGUCCAACUUCUCCUUCUCCCUCUCACCCAAGUACGUCCAUACACCGGCCCUUCAUAUGGUUAUAGAGCCCAAAUAUGGAGUAAAUCUCCUGGUGAAGAAGCUGUGAGCUUGUGAGAUUGAAGUGAAGCUAUUGAUUUUCCAAUUUCAAGCCUAGAUAUUGUUGUCUCCAUUUCUUGUUCCAGUGUUUGUUUUAGUUGGUGUAUACUUAUUCAGAAAGAAGAAAAUAAAAAAGGAUAUAAAUUUCUUGUUCUUCAAAAUUGGUUGUUAAAAAUAUUUUUUUAGCUCCUGUUACAAUAUCAAUCAAUUACAGUUACAAAGGUCUAUCCUUAUUUUAUUAUUAUUCUGUAGUUUAAAGUUUAAACCACACAAGGUGGUGCUAAGGAACAUGCCUAGAGGAAAAUGGAGACCACAAUUGGCAGAGCAGCUAAUAUUUGAAUGGGGUGAGUCAAAGUAGAUGGUAAACUCCAAGAGCUUCCCAAGAUAAAUCUGCUCACAAGAGUCUUGGACCAAAAACUAAAUGUCAGAUUUUUGGCUUAUGCAAUUCGUUGAACAAAUAGAGGGCCGAUAGGGAGUCAAUUGCCAUACCAGAAAAAUGUAGAACUUGCAGCUGGUUUGACUUGAAUUUUUUUUCUCCAUGCUGAAGCUUUGAAGCUUCAACUUUGUGAAGUUAAUUUAUGUGUGUGUG